AUGUUUUUGAAGGCGGGUAGAGGGAAAAAAAUAACAACAGCGAGCGUAGAUGGGCUUGGCUGUGUCGUUAUGGAGCCCCCUUUGAGCAAGAGGAACCCGACACUGAGAUUAGCGGAUUUGGCAGCGGCUCAGCCCCAUCCUCACCAGAACAUGACAGGCUUCCCGGGGCUGGGGAACCACCACGUCCACCCCCACCACGCGGCCCACCUCCACCCCGGGGACGCGGGCGGCGACCCCGGCGGCGCCCUCACGCCGCUCGGACCCGAGCACAUGGCGCAGCCCGCCGCCCUCAAGCUCACGCCCGAGGCGCUCACCGCCGCCGCCGCCGCCUUCGCCGCGCCCGCCGCCACCACCACCACCGCCGCCGCCGCCGCCGCCGCCGCCACCGCCGCCGCCGCCACCACCGCCGCCGCCUACGCGCCGCCCGCCGCCGCCCUCCCGGUACCCGUCGGGGGGGCGGCGGGCCGGGACUUCCUCCUGCGGCGGGAGCUGCCCGCCGCCGCCGCCGCCGCCGCCGCCGCCGCCGUGCACGGGGCGCUGGGCGAGCAGCACCCGCCCGCCGGCUCCCCCCACCUCCCGCACCCGCCGCCCCACGGCGUCUUCAUCUCGGCCGCCGGCACCUACGGCGCGGCCGACGGGGCGCACGCCGCCUUCCCCCCGCCGCCGCCGCCGCCGCCCGGCGAGCAGGGCGCGCCCGCCGGCCGUCACCCGCCGCUCAACGGGCAGAUGCGCCUGGGGCUGGCGGCCGCCGCCGGGGAGCUCUACGGGCGCGCAGAGGCGCACUACGGGGCCGCCGCCGCCGCCUCCUCCUCGGCGCUGCAAGGCUACGGCUCCGUCAACCUCAACCUGGCGGCGGCGGCGGCCGGCCACGCACCCGCACCACCCCCAUCCCCACCACCACCACCAUCACCACACCACCACCAUGCCCACGUCGGGGCGGCGGCGGCGGCGGCGGCGGCCGGGGCCUUCCUGCGGUACAUGCGGCAGCCCAUCAAGCAAGAGCUGAUCUGCAAGUGGAUCGACCGGGAGCCGCCUCCUCCUCCUCCUCCGCCUCCGCCGCCGCCACCGGGCGGUAGGAAGCCUUGCUCCAAAACUUUCAGCACGAUGCAGGAGCUGGUGAGCCAUGUCACCGUGGAGCACGUCGGCGGGCCCGAGCAGAGCAGCCACGUGUGCUACUGGGAGGAGUGUCCCCGCGAAGGCAAGCCCUUCAAAGCGAAAUACAAACUCAUCAACCACAUCCGAGUGCACACGGGAGAGAAGCCCUUCCCCUGCCCCUUCCCCGGCUGCGGGAAGGUCUUCGCCCGCUCCGAAAACCUCAAGAUCCACAAGCGGACUCAUACAGGGGAGAAGCCCUUCAAGUGCGAGUUCGACGGCUGCGAGAGGAAGUUCGCCAACAGCAGCGACCGCAAGAAGCACUCCCACGUCCACACCUCCGACAAGCCCUACUACUGCAAGAUCCGCGGCUGCGACAAGUCCUACACCCACCCCAGCUCCCUGCGGAAGCACAUGAAGAUCCACUGCAAGUCCCCGCCGCCCUCCCCGCCGCCGGGCUCCCAGGGCUACGCGGCGGCGGGGCCCCCCGACGGCCCGCUGCCCCCGAGGGACCCGGCCGCCGAGCCGCCCCGCGGCCGCGCCGCCGCCGCCGCCCUCUCCCCGCCGGUCACCAACCUCAGCGAGUGGUACGUCUGCCAGGCCGGGGGGGCUCCCCGCCGGCCCCGCACCCCCUCCAGCCGCGACGCCUCCCCGGCCUCCGAGGGGGACGAGCCCCACAGGACCUCGGGGGGCAGAACCGCUCCCUAG